AUAGCUUCAGUUGCUGACCUUAUUUCCCUGUGAGACCAACUGUGCGAGACAACGCCCAGCCUACCUGCUUGUUCGUCGUCACUCUCUCUCUCAUUAAGGUGUUGCAGUAACAACAGUAUUUAUUAGUAAUAGUAGUAGCACUAGUUGUGCUUAUUAUCCAAGUUUAUAUAUUUCCACUUAUUUAUCUUUCACAAGGAAAACCAACUUAAAUAAUGGCUACAAUAAGAAUGAAUCGGGAAAAGAUGGACUUGUGCCGAGAGGCCUGCGUUGUGUUUGCCAAAGAUGGUGACAGCUGUAUUUUCUCACAAGACAUUGGGACCGUGAUGCGAGCGAUCGGUUACAGUCCGACAGAAGCUGAAGUGAAAAAUAUUCGAGAUGCCAUUGAUAGCAGUGGAAAUCGUAAACUCACCGAUCAGGAUGUUGUGAGCAUCAUUUCGAAACAGCAGAUAACCCAGGACACAGACGACGAGCUGAAAGAAGCGUUUCGUGUGUUCGACAAAGACGGCAACGGUUACAUCUCCUGUGCUGAGCUGCGUCAUGUGUUGACGAACCUUGGUGAGAAACUGUCUGAUGAGGAAGUCGAUGAAAUGAUCAGGGAAGCUGAGAUUACAGCCGACGGAAGAGUUAACUAUGAUGAUUUUGUAAAGAUCCUUAGGUCCUAAAGAUCUUCGAGUCCUCAAUGGGCACCAGUGGGUCCAGCUGGGUCCUGGGGGGGCACACCUGAUGAUAACUAACAGAGUGACUUCUGCUGACUGGACUCUCUUGUUGGAUGGACAAUGCAUCAGAGGAUGGAUGGUUGCUGCUGCUACUGCUGCUGCUGCUGUUGCCUUGCUUCUGGGGCGGCUUCUGCUCAGUAAACAUUUCUUCAUUACACACACACACACACACACACACAUCCAUUUUUUGAUGCACAACAUAGAUCUCUUACACACAUGCACAUCUGUGCACACACACACACACACAUUCUCUCAACCCUGCCAGUACCCCUCCCCCACUCCCAUGCUCUCUGCUUAUUUGAUUUAAACUUUUGUAUCAGAUUUAAUUAAUUUGAUGUCACUGCUACUACUACUACUACUACUACUGCUAUGUUAGUACUGUAUGUCUACUACUACUACUACUACUACUACUACUACUACUGUUACUGCUAAUACUAUUGUACAACUGCUAAUAGUGUGAUACUACUACUGCUCUUACUACUACUUCUACUGUUACUGUGGUGGUAGUACUACUGCAAGGCUGUUAGUGGUGGUACUACUACUACUUAACUGCUACAAGUGUGGUACUACAACUGUUCGUACUAUUAUUACUGCUGCUACCACCACCACCACUACUAUAACUACUAGUAGUUACUAGUAGACUUUUGUAUGUCUACUACUGCUACCACUGCCAUACUUCUAUGGACUACUACUACUACUACUACUACUACUGUUAUAACAUCACCACCUCUCUUUUUUUUCUUUCCUCUUUUCCUCAAAACUGAACACACAUACACACUGUACCAUACCUGUGGUAACACUAAAUAUCUAAAUUGCUACCCCUCUCCUUACUUGUACCCAAACUACACCCUUUCAAAAACAAAAUCACACAAAACACUCAGAGACCCCUCCCCCCCCGACUGCAUCCAGAAAUCACACCCAGAAAUGACACCAACAAAAUAUGAAACAAAAAUACCCAGAAUCUAACAAAGUGGUCCCUAAUCCCCAUUCACCUCAAUACAUACACCCACCUGACACACUUUCAAAAUACCAUCUAAACCUCUAAUCCCCAUUGCCUUGUCUCCUCAAGGAAUCUAUUUACUUCCCCAUCUCUUAAAAACCCUGCCACCCAAACUCUGUCCCCUCUUUAUGACUCUGACACCUGUCUGUCUAACAGUUGUUCAGCCUCCACCCCUGUUCAUCCUUUAUGCCCCUCUCCAGCUCUUUCUCUCUGCUCCAAGCCCUUCUCUCUUCUCUCCUUCUUUACUCCCCCACCCCGUCCUCCCCAAUCCAUCCUGGACCCUCCACUAAAUUAAACUCAUCAACUUCAACAUUCCCACAGACAUUACAUAGUAACAACCCACAUUCCUGCAGGUUUGUCUCUUGCUUACCUCCCUCCCGCCCCCUUAUGUUCUGAGAUAAUAACAUACCUGUCAUUUACUGGGGAAUUUUUUUGGUGGGGAGGUUAAAAUAAUCUUGUAACAGCCUCUUCUUUGAAAUUUGUAGCCCUGUGCCUGUGUUAGAAAAAUCAUUGUGAGUAUUAGAGUGGAAGACAGAAGAAUCGGUAGAGCAUCAAACAUAAUAGUUUGUGGUAUUAAGUUUACACACAUUUAUAUUCUUAGUUUGAAAUCCUGAUGUGGUUGAUUUUCAUUAUUUUGAAGGUCCAUAAAAUAGAUACCAGUUAGAUACUGGGGUUGAAUUAAUUAUUCUUGUCACCCCUCCUCUCGUUUUCAAAUUUUGUAGACUUGUGCCAUUUAAAUGAAAUUAUUAUCAUUAUUAAAGGUGGUGAGCUGGCAGAAUCGUUAGCACGCUGGGCAAAAUGCCUGGUGGUAUUUUGCUUGCUGUUAUAUUCUGAGUUCAAAUUCCGCCGAGGUUGACUUUGCCUUUCGUCCUUUUGGGGUUGAUAAAUUAAGUACCAGUGAAACACUGGGUCGAUGUAAUCGACUGUCCUCUUCCCCACAAUAUCCAGGCCUUGUGCCCUAUAAAAGAAAGGAUUAUUAUGACUUCAUUUAAGGCUGUGAGCUGGCAGAAACGUUAGCACGCUGGGCGAAAUGCUUAGCAGUCUGUCUUUACGUUCUGAGUUCAAAUUCCGCCGAGGUCAAAUUUACCUUUCAUCCUUUUGGGGUUGAUUAAAUAAAUACGAGUUAAGUUCUGGGGUUGAUGUAAUUGACUUAAUCCCUUCCCCCACCAAAUUUGAGGCCCUGUGCUUCCAGUAGAAAGGACUAUUAAUAUUAUUAUUAUUGUUGUUGUUGUUAUAGCUUUGGGGGAAAACACAUUGUGGUUUUUCUUGCUGCUCUUUAUGUUCUGAGUUCAAAUCCUGCCAAGGCCAGCUUUACCCUUCAUCUCCUUUGGGGGAUCAAUAAAAUACCAGUCAACUACUGGUGUCAGUGGUAUUCACUAACCUCAUUUCCUCCAUCAAAGUUGCUGGCCUUGUGCCUCAAUUAGAAACAUUAUUGGUUAAUGACAGAAAUGGUAGACAGUUGGGCAAAUGCCUUGUGGUAUUUAGUCCUAUCUGUUAAUGGAAUCCCUACAAUCACUCAUGCUCUGCCCCUUCUCUCUCUCUCUCUGCCCAGGACCCUGUUUCUUUACAUGUAUUAAUCUGGGGACAGAGAAAUUGUUAAGAACAUAUUUAGAAUAAAGAAUUUCUGUUAUUUUUA